GCAUUACUCACUAUAUAUACAUGGUAACACUAACUGAUUCAGUGCCACCUCAAAUAUGAGAAUUUUGUAGAGUAUAUCUCAGUUUAUACUCAAGUACUAUACUUUUUUUUGUGUCUUUGGCUAUAAGUUUCAAUGCAGAUUUACUCGGUCUGUAGGCCUGAAGCCCUUCUGGGAUUCUUGCUGAUUCUGUUAAUUUCAGGGAGUUUGUGUUAUGGUGAUGAUACAGUUGUAGAGGUAGUUGGGAUUGGAGAAUGUAGUGAUUGUAAGGAAAAUACUAUAAAGAGCAGCCAUGCCUUGUCAGGGCUUAAGGUGACAGUUGACUGCAAGCUUGAUAAUGGGAAGGUUAGAACAAGAGGCAUUGGGGAGCUCAAUGAGGAAGGGAGCUUCACGAUAUCUCUUCCUCAAGAAAUCUUGAAAGAUGGGAAGUUGAAAGAAGAAUGUUACGCCCAACUUCACAGUGCAGCAAAUGCACCUUGUGCAGUUCUUGAUGGCAUAGAAGCCACCAAGAUCAGUCUGGUGUCAAAGUCGGGACAAAAACACACAUUUGGACCGACAGGAAAACUUAAGUUCUCAUCGGCUGUGUGCACCUCUGCUUUCUUGUGGCCUUUCUUUAAGUACCCUCCUCUACCAAAACUGCCACAUUGGAAUAAAAAACAUCCAUUGUUUGGCCAUCAUUUUCCUCUCCCUUCACUUCCGCCAAAGGUUUACCCUCCAUUUCCAUUUCUGCCUAAAAUGCCAUUCAAAAAGCCAUUUUCUCCGCCUGUUUAUGAUGUACCUGUCGUUGAACCUCCUCCUGUUCCGGUGUAUACACCAACACCUAAAACUCCUGUUCCUGUAUACAAUCCGCCCACAAAGCCACCCGUUGUGGAGCCUACACCAACUCCAGUCUACAAGCCUAAACCAAAGCCACCUGUUUCCAAACCAGCACCAGUUCCUGUCUACAAGCCAAAACCACCUGUUUACAAACCUCCUCAUGUUCACAAGUCAAAACCAAAGCCACCAGUCGUUAAGCCAGAGCCAAAGCCAAAGCCACCCGUAGUCAAAUCUCCUCCAGCCCCAAAGUGCGACCCAAAACCAAAGCCACCGGUUUAUAAGCCUCCUACAGUUCCAGUUUACAAACCAAAGCCAAAGCCACCUGUUUACAAGCCUUCCCCUGUUCCAGUUUACAAACCAAAGCCAAAGCCACCGGUUUAUAAGCCUCCUACAGUUCCAGUUUACAAACCAAAGCCAAAGCCACCUGUUUACAAGCCUGCCCCUGUUCCAGUUUACAAACCAAAGCCAAAGCCACCUGUUUUCAAGCCUAAGCCAAAGCCGAAACCACCAGUUUACAAGCCUGCUCCGGUGCCAGUUUACAAGCCUAAGCCGAAGCCACCAAUUUACAAACCUGCUCCUGUCCCAGUUUACAAGCCCAAACCAAAGCCAGAGCCCCCAGUCUUCAAGCCUCCUCCUGUCCCAGUUUAUAAACCAAUACCAAAGCCGCCACUUUUCAAACAUCCUGCUGUUCCAAUUUACAAGCCAACACCAAAACCGCCUAUAGUAAACCUACCGUCUCCAAAUGUCUUGCCACCACCCAUUCCCAUUUACAAGCCUCUUCCACCAUUCUACAAGAAACCUUGCCCACCAUUCGCUUUCCCCAAGCUUCCGCCUUUUCCCAACUUUCCUCCAAAAGAUUUCCAUCAUCACAUUAUAAAGGAUCUCCCUCCUAUCUUCUCUCAUCCAUAAGAUUAUUUCACAUGCUAUCAAGAGACAAAAAAAAAAAAAAAACCCUUCAUGAUUAGUACUUCAAGGGAACGUACAUGUUGCAUUUUGCCAUUGAUUUAUAGCUUUAAUUAUCAAAGAGAUAACGGUUUCUUUUGUGCAAUGACAUGAAUGUGUGUCAUGUUACAAUAUUGGAUGGAGUUUGUAAAGUUUCAAGUUUGAGUUUACAUUAAUCGAUUUGUUUCAAUAAAUGUACUUCUAGUUGAAAAAAAGUGGUUCAGUACUCGAUUGUGUUCUGAAAAUAAACUUAUUAAAGUUAUAA